GCUCCGUGUUUCCAUGGUUACCGGAUACACCGCUCGGCGGCAGUUAUUGCCCAGGAUCUCGGAGUCAGAGUGGGCGAAUGGAUUCCAUCAAUUUUUUGAAUUCUUCAAUAAUUCUCCAGCAAGGGGACUCCACAGAGCACAGUAAGAGAAGAAAUGUUACACAAACAGGAGAAUUACAAUCACCAGCUUUAUUUGUAAUUGGGUCCAUGGAAAUGGUAAAUCAGAAAUUAGCUCAUAUAGAGUGUGGGUUGGAAACACAAGAUCUGAUAAAUGAUUGUUGGGAGGGAGAAAAAUCAGUCGAUAGAUUAAUGUUACCGAAGAGACCACAGGAAAAAAACAAAUGUAUUGAAGAAAGUGACACAAAAGAUUUUUGGACUUUCACCCCGACAUUUCAAAGUUCCUUAACCAAAAAUAAUUUUCAACGUAAGCUGAAAGCUGAGAAGAAACUUAUACCAAGACUGGUAGAAUUGUAUCAAUGUCCGGGAUUUUCAGAAGAUGGUCCUUUGCCUUUUCCUCACGGGAUUAAGUUGAGCACCAUAAUUAGUAAUGUUGUUUUAGGCCAUGAAAACACUGGGGGCAAGAUCUGCUCAUCCAAAGUGGUUCGCCAUAUUCUGAGUUCCACAUCAGCCAAAGAUUUGCUUCUGGAUUGCUAUUUGUGGAUAUUUCUCCAUAUGUAUAAGACAGACAUUGAGUACCAGAGGAAGUUGUUUGAUCGUGUAGCAAAAAGUUAUGUUCAUCUUCUCAAUUUAUGCCUGAACUCACACAAUGGGGAGGCCUUCCUAAAUGUCUACCCAUCACUUCUAAGCCAGGCUAUAUACAGUGGGUUUUGCUGCUCUUUCCCCCAGUCUCUGUACCAGUUCCAGUCAGAUGACUUUAAAACUGUGCUGUGCAAUCUUAUCUGGCAAUGGAUUGCAGGUAUCUACCCCAGUCCAGGAAUCUAUAGCAAGUGGGACUAUGGUUCUUUGGAACCAAAAGUUGAACUUGCUCAUGGGAAGGAAAAGCAAAAGAAAGGAUUCACUUAUAAUAAAGGUGGAAAGAAGCAAAUGAGAAAAUCGUUUAAAAGGUUGCCAUCACGGAAAAUAUGCCCAGCCAAAGAGGCUCCUUCAGUAUGCUCUGGUCCAGAUUUUGAAAAGAAACUCUUUAACCUGAAUGGUCACAGUCCACUGAUCCAAUAUCACCUUCGGAAUCUAAAAGCUGAACCUCGAGAUGGACUGAGCAUCUUAGUACGAAGAACUGAAUUCCAAAAGCACAAUUCCUUACUAGUACAUCCACACCUCUAAAACAACCUAUUUUAUCAUCCUCAAUAUUGUAGAAUGCAGGGAUGUGUGUCACCAAAACAAUUGUAACUGUUGCUGGUAAUUAAAAUACUUUUUACACAGUU